UUAUGGGGCGCCUGAGAAAAUUUAAUUUUUAACGACCACCCUAAUAUAUAUACUGCUCAAUAAUAAGCAUUGAAAUAUUUUUUAUUAUUUAUUUUAUAUAAGUAUCAUCUUUCAUACACUUUCAAUCCAUAAAUAAUUAAACGCACGCGUAAACAAAACAAAUUAUUUUAAAAUAAAUAAAUACCUAACCUUUUCUGAAAUUAAUUAAUAUUAUGUGGAUGAAUUAUAAAUAUAAUUACAAUUAAUGGAAGAAAGUAUAGAAGUUAAUUAUGAUGAUAAUAAUCAAGAUCAUUAUGACGUAAUUAUUAUUGGUGGUGGGCUAACAGGAUUAACUGCUGGGUACUAUUUAUUAAAUAAAAAUGUUAAUCUCUCGUUAAUGAUCAUUGAAAGUAAAGAUGAAAUUGGCGGACGUUGUAACAAUAUAAAUAAUGGGUUUUAUGGUCAUACAUUUCAAAAUAAUUUCAUAAACUUACUUAAUAAUUUAAAUAUACCAAUAAUAUAUGGACGUAAAAGUGAAUAUAAAAAGUUGACCUUGCAUCUUAAAAAUAAUAAAUUAGUUAAUGAUGAUGAUGAAUCAUCAAUUAUAUCAUCACAAGUUCGUUAUUUUAUUAAAUCGCUUGAAUUAUCUUGUAAGAAAAAAAAUUUCAAAGAGUACACAAAAGAUGAAUAUUCAAAAUAUUUAGCUAGUUUGAGUGUUAAUGAUUAUAUUAAUGGAACAAUAUUUUCUUCACGUGCACGAUUAAUUUGUCGAAGUUAUAUUUCAUUAAUUUGUGGAAUCAGUAAUUUAAAUAAUGUAUCUUGUUUAUGGUUAUUUGUUAUGUUAAAUAAUUCUGGCGGUUUUUUCAAACGUCUUAAUUAUUUAUUUGAUAAUAAUACACGAUUUUUUAUUGAAGGAGGAAUCGGACAAGUAAUUAAUCGAUUGCGAAAUGAAAUUCUAGAAAAAAAUGGAUCAAUCAAUUAUUCAGAAAAUGUUAAAAAAAUAAAUCAAGGUGUAACUAUGUAAUUAUUGCAGUACCACCACCAGAAAGUUCUAGUAUCGUGAUAGAAUCAACAAAUUAUGAUAAAAAUUUAUUAAAUUUCAUUAAAAUUCAAUCUUUCUAUUUCUCCGAGCCUUCGAUAUAUUUUGAACUAACCUACAAAUCGCCAUUUUGGGUUAAUAAUUAUUCCGGCAGUGUAAUGACUAUUUUUAAUAAAAAAGUAAACUUAAAAUUAUGUUAUGAUGCAUCGCAAGAAGACAAAGAUUUGAAUUUGCUUGCUGGUUUCAUAAAUAAAUCUGAAAAUUUAUUUUCUGGUAAAAUAAAUUUAUUUAAAGCCUUAAAUCAAUCAUUUGGUACCAAAGAAGCGGAAAAAUUUUUACAGUACACUGAAAUAAAUUGUCACAGUACAAUUAACGUUUUAAAACCUUGUUCAGCAGCGAAUCAUCAUAAUCCGUUAUUAAAUCCAACACAAAAAAUUUAUUUCGCAGCUAGUGAAUAUUCUAAAACUAAUCCUGGUACUGCUGAUGGUGCGAUUGGGGCUGGUGAACAUGUUGCCUGUUUGUUACUCCAUUAUGCACGACCACAAGCGUUAGAAAUACAUGAAAUUAUGAAAUAUAUACCACAAAAAGGUUAUCAACCAAAAAAGAAAGUCUACACUCAGUUCAAAUACGUCCAUUCAAUUAUUCUUUUUACAAAUUUAGCUAUUUUAUUAACAUUAAUAUGGAAAACGUAUACAUCAAAAAAAUAAACAAUAAAAA